GACAGACUGUGAAGAAGGAAGGACAUUGCCUGAGCAGAAGGAAUGUAUUCUCAGGAAAAGGGACCUCUGCCCACUGUGCCAGGAAUAACACCACCGGGAAGAUCCCUACCUGCCAACAAGCUCAGCCUCCCAGGAGGGGAACACGCCUCCUCAGCUCCUUCAUCAUGAACUGGCACAUGACCAUCUCUGUGCUCAUCGUGGUGGCGCUUAAAGUUGCCGGAAUGACCUUAUUUCUGCUUUAUUUCCCACAGAUUUUUGGGAACAGUAACAUCAGCUUCACUCCCACAGAGAGCUCUGGAGCAGGUAAAGAGCAGAGUUACUACCUCCUCUCCACCCCCAGGUUCUCAGUCUGCCCCAGGAGGUGGGAUUUUCAUCAAGGAAGAUGUUUUUUCUUGUCCACGUCUGAAAUGUCCUGGGAUGAAAGUAGGGCCAUUUGUGAAGAAGAAGGAUCGACUUUGGCCAUUGUCAACACACCAGAGAAACUGAAGUUUCUCCAGAACAUAACUGGAGCUGAGAAGUAUUUUAUUGGCUUACAAUACCAGCAAGCAGAGAAAAGGUGGCGUUGGAUCAACAACUCCAUUUUCAACGGCAAUGUCACCAAUCAGCUUCCAAGUUUCAACUGUGUGACCAUGGGCCUAACAAAGACAUUUGAUGCUGCAUUGUGUGACACCCAACACCGGUGGAUCUGUGACAAGCCCACCAAAUGACUGUUCUCUGUGGUCUCUGACAAGAACAAGAAAUACACCUAUGAGGACAGCAGAAGAAAAUACCAAACAUCAAAUUACUGUGCUGUCUCCCACAGGUUAUGGGCAGAGCUUCCUAAUGAAUCCUCAGAGUGGACGCACAGGCCCUUCCACAAAUUAACUUGCAUAGACACAGCUGAGGUGCACUCCCGACUCUGACCCAGCAAUUCCUCAAGAUCCCAUUUCCUGGGACAGUCACACCUGUGAUUCUUUUUGGACCCGAACGGGUCAUUGAGUCAAAGCCCCCUUCAUCCAUCUGUAAACUGGAACAGGUCCUGGACUGUUGGUGGGGGGAAUGGGCUUCUGAACUCCACCUUGGGGGAUUGGAGACCAGCCAUAUCCAGGGAAGAGGGUCGGUUUUAUAGGGGCACCUCAGGUGGUAUUAAGUCGGGUGUGUUUCUAUAGAACUGAGCAUCUCUGAUGAGUCAACAGUGUUUCUCCUGCUACCUCUGUGACCUCAUCUGUUCCCAAGAGGCCCCUGUCCCAUGACCCCAGCCCACCCUAGGUGGGACAGCACAGGCCCUCCUCAGCCUGAAUUGAGGCCAGAGCUGGGGAAGGGCUCCUAGAGCCAGGCUUGGAGCAGAGAAAGCACUGUUCCAGGGGAGAAGAAGGGGUCCAGGCAGGCAGGAAUCUGCUAGGAAACUCCUUUUAAGACAACCAGUGGCCAAGAUGACUGAAUUCCUGUUCUCUAGCAAAGUCCUAAGAGAGAUUCAAGCUAAAAACCUUCUUGGUCUUGACCUGAAUGUUCACUUUAACAGAUUAUAUUUGAUUAUAUCUGAUUAUAACAUAUUCUAUUUGUUAUAUCCUAUUUGAUCCUAUUUCUUGUGUAUAUUUUAAGAAACUGGGAUCAUCUCUUAGGCCUUAGUGAUCACAUAUUCCUCCUUGCAGUUCCGUAGAGACUCGGCUAUCGGGGACAGCCUACUGAUCCAAAGACACCACGGCCAUGCACUGGUUGGCAUCACCCUGGCCCUGGACAGGUCCAGCUGAUCAAGAAGUAGAAAAAGUGGAGGGAUAGGCCCUGGCUGGUGUAGCUCAGUGGAUUGAGUGUGGGUCUUCAAACAAAGGGUCACCGGUUCAAUUCCCAGUCAGAGCAUAUGGCUAGGUUGCAGGCCAGUGGUAUGCAAGAUGGGGGGCAUGCAAGAUGCAACCACACAUUGAUGUUUCUUUCCCUCUCUUUCUCCUUCCCUUCCCCUCUCUCUAAAAAUAAAUAAAUUAAAUCUUUAAAACAGAAAAAGGGGAGGGAUGCUCAAGAAAACAUUGGAUAGAGGCAAGGAGUGGGCAUUUGGGGAAAAGGGACACCAGGGACAAAUGGAAAUCAUAUGGGAAAAAAACAAUGAGUUCACUUGGCAAGACAGGAAGGAAGGCAAGAAAGAGGCAGAAGAGUUGUAGGGCAUCCUCUCUCUUCUCCAUACUCGAAAGAU